CAAAUACUGCUGGCUAUAAGCGGCUGAACGUACUGCCGGCGACCACAUUUUCCACAGAAACGGUCUUUUCAGACAGAACCUCAACCAACAGCACUUCUUUUCUCGAUUUUAGUCCCCAUUGCUCACUCUCAAAUGACGAUUUCUCUACUCAUUCUGCCCGACGAAUUUGGCAUAUACCAAUUCGACCGGGAUUAUCGCUUUCCAGCAGAAUGGCUGAACGAAUUGCCGUGGUAUACGCUCUCUAAAACGACCAGCGAAGUUUCUUUGCUUUGCCCAGCACAACAGCCGGCGACACUGCAGGGAUCAAUUGUCUCUACAGCCAACAAAAGUGAACUGGGGUGGCGAUGCUUUCAGGUGGAUGCACAGAUGGAUUUUGGACUUGUGGGUAUUCUUGCUAGCAUUGUUGAUCCGUUGCGUGAUAACAAGAUUCCCGUAUAUGUCGUAAGCACCUUUGACACCGACUACGUUCUUGUCAAAGAAGAAAUGCUGGAAAAGGCGAUGGGUGUACUGAAUCGACAAGACGGUAUUACUCUUAAACCUGGAUCGUCUGUCAUUUUAUAAAGUGUGUCUCCGAGAAACCAUGAUUAUUCACUUGUAAAAAUAUGUAAACUACUGCUGCGACCUGAAUAACGAAUAUUGACGUUCUCUCUUUAUUUUCCAUGUGUAUAUCCUUCUUUUGCUUGUAAUAAAUAUUUCCUUAAUUUGCACACUGGUAUCAUAACUCCAUAGCGGUUUGGAAGGAAGCAGU